AUGGCAUGGCACUUUGAUAUUACCAAAAACCUUGAAGCAGGCCAGGGGCUUCCUUUAUUCCAGGUGCCGGCCAUCCUUUGCUGUUUGUGGAGGCAACAUUAUAUUGCUUGGCAGCUGUUUGGGAAGACCUUGCAUGGAACACCAUGAUUGUGUUGAGGAGGAUCCUAACUCUUUUGAGGAGGCAAUGAAAUCUCAAGAUGCUUCCUUCUGGAAAGAGGCCGUGAACGAUGAAAUGAAUUCAAUCAUGGGCAAUAAUACUUGGGUUCUGAGUGAUUUACCACCCGGUUGCACACCAAUCGGUUGUAAAUGGAUUUUCAAAAAGAAAAUGAAAGUAGACAGGACCAUUGACAAGUUUAAAGCUUGAUUGGUUGCACAAGGCUUUAAACAAAAACAUGGUAUUGAUUACUUUGAUACAUAUGCACUGGUAGCUAGAAUAACUACCAUAAGAUUGUUAAUUGCUUUAUCAACCAUUCAACACCAGGCAUGCGGGUAUGUAUAUUUUAUAUAUUAAAUAGAAAUUCUUUGAUUAAAAGAAUGGCUUUUGUUUUAAAAGAAAAACCUUUAAUUUAUAAAAUGUACGUGUUGGUUUAGAACAACCGUACCGUUUCAUUUUAUAAAUGGCUUAAUAGUCAUCCAGCGAAAGAACACCUUCGUAUGAGAUGAUAACAGCCCUUUUCAAAUGAGUCGCCUUUUGUUUAUAAAAUAAACGACCGCUUUGUAUUGCGUGGAUACAAAAGCAAAAAAAAAAUCAAUUUCCGAUCUUCUCUUACCUCACUAAAAUACUAAUAUCUGCAGUAUUAGUAUUGAGUGUUUAGACCACUUUAUAUACAAUUCACUUGUUCGGUGUUAUUUUAUCACUAGCUAAAAUACACCAUACACCUUCUUUUUAUCCAAAAAGUUCUAUCUUGUAACCCGAUUACUGUGAUAAGGGUAGAUAGUAAACUUUUAGGAAAGCGUAUUUUAUACGUGACUAGAAGUGAUAUCUGGUCCAGCCAUAUUUUACACCCUUAUAUUUUACUAUUUUUAUCCUCAAGUUCUAACAUAUUUUGGGUAUAUCAUACAAAAAUGAUAGUGUAUAUACUUCUUUUGUAAUAAAAUGAUUUUUUAUUUUACAUUUUCUUUAUUAGUCAACAACAUUUCAUUUUAUUCUCUAAUUUGAGUAGCAAUGUGUAACUAUUUUUGUUUCUAUUUUGCGAUUCAAUAAUGUUGUAAUCAGGGGCGAAGCCAGAACACUAGGCCGGCCUGGGCUGUUACAAACAAUAUUUUUUGAAAAAAUUUUACACAAAAUUUGUUACCUUAAAAAUGUAGACAUUUUUAAAAUUUGGGCUGGGCUGGGCGGGGGCCAGGGUUGACCCCUCCCUAGCUACGCCCCUGGUUGUAAUCUAGUUUUUCUUUCUAGAUAUAUACUGGGGGUAUGGUUAAGGGUGGACCGGACCUCAGGCCGGGUCGGGCCUCCCGACGGUACUGGGCGAGACUGGGGUCCUAGGUUGCAGGCCCCGUACUGACCUGGGUUUGUACCAGGGCCGGGUCGGGUCAGAUCAAUAUUUUUUUAAAAUGGCUUUUCUAAUUAAUUCUCCAUACCCCCCCCAUACCACCCACCUAGUCGCAGCCCAAAGACAAAAAAAUGGGCCCGGAUCGGUCCUGGACUGGCCGGACCAGUAACCAUUUUUCCUCUCCCGUAGCCCGCCCCCUAUCCACGGUUCGGACCAGUACGGUUUUGUAUUGCUAUAACCGAUUUAUUGUCGAGUAAAAAUUAACUUUAAGCACAGUUCGUGAACCGCCUUUUGCAAAACAAUUUGUCUAAUAUUUUUUAAAAAGUGAAGGAAACCCAUAAAUAUUGAAAAAUCUAAAUGUAUAUUUUUAUUAAUAACUUUUCACAUAUAUGCAUUAUGUACACAUAAUCUUUCAUAAAUCAUAUACACAAAUUCAGAGAUCGGACCGUUUGGCGGCUAUGUUUUUCAGCUUAUCAACCAAUUUUUUAACCAAACACGUAACUUUUGAUUUCGCGCGUUGAAUUGUGUAAUACUCCCUCCGUCCCUAAAUAAAAGCAUCUGUUUCCUUUUCGGGCCGUCCCUAAAUAAAAGUUCUCUUUCCUUUUUUGGCAAACAAAACAGUGCAAAUAAAAUAGUGCCAAACAGUGCCAAACAGUGUCCAAACAGUGUCAAACAAUACCAACCAAACCCACUUUCUUAAAAUGUGUGGAAAACGAAUGGAUACUUUUAUAUAGGGACGGAGGGAGUAAUAAGAAAAAAUAAGUUUGGUGUUACUCUGCUGACUGCAUUGGCUGAAGUUAUUCUACAUGACCAUUUUUUCUUUUUUUUUAAUAUAAUUUUUUCUUUACUUUACUAAUAAAAUAUAUUUCAAAUAAAAAUGUUUCAUUAAUUAUAAGAACCAGUCAAUAGAGUCACAUCAGACAGAACUUCAUAAAUUUCAACAGAAUGGGCCGAUUCACCCGAUUUCAGUGUAACCAAACGGGCUCAUAGUUUCAUACUAGGAAUAUAUCACAUGACUAGGAAGCAAUUACAUAAAAAUUCAUUAAAAGGUUUAAAAGUAGACACUAUUUUCCACCAUGAAAUUCCACUAAAAGAAAAAAUAUGCAGGAAACUUGUAGUGUUUGAGACCUUAAUUAAUUGGAGAGAAGGAUUGUCUAGAGUGUUUUUAUAACAAAACGGCCCAAAAUGGAUAUCUUUAAUUUUUAGAUUUUAAUUUGAACAUGCAUUUUAGAUACUAGACUAGAUAGUACUCUAUUGUCUCAAGUUUCUUUUACUUUUCGAAAUGUUUCAAACAAUUUUCUUCUUCUUUCUUUUGGAUAAUCCUUUGUGUAGUUAAUAUUGUUUCUUUUCUUUUAGGAACUUUAUCAAUUCAGGACCCCAAAGAUAGAUUAAUUAUCAAUUCAGGACCCGAAAGGUGAAACGUAUCAGUAUAGGACCCGAAUGAUGGAAAACUAUCAAUUUAAGACCUAACGUUUCAUAGGUUUUGAUUUAUUUAUUUAUUUUAUUAAUUCCAUUACUAAGUUUUGAUAAACUUUUCUUCACAAAAGUUUAUUGGUUUAAUAAAACGAAAUAAUAUUUAAAAUUUUUUAAUAAAAAUAAUUAUGACAACUUAGGUCCUAGAUUAAUAGUUUUCAAUCAUUCAGGUCCUAAAUUGAUAGUUUUUCAUCAUUCGGGUCCUAUAUCGAUGCAUUUUAUCUUUCAGGACCUGAAUUGAUAAUUAAUCUAUCUUUCAGGUCCGAUAAAAUUCCUUUCUUUUAACAUCAAUUACACUGUAACAUUAUUGCACAAAGUUGUCCUAAAUAGGGGGAAAAUGUGAAUUUGAAAACAUGACUAAUGUUUUUUAUUCUGUAAAUUAAAUUAGAGUAAGUAUUGUAAUGGUUUUGCACUACCUAUAUAUAAAUAUGAUACGGAGUAUUAUUUUUUUAGUUUGAUAGUAAUUACUUCUGUUAUGAAAUUCAGAAUCACUCUUACCCCUAUCUUGGUGAUCUCCCCUACACAUUUCACUUAAUCAAUAAACACGUUAAACUAUUUUUAUUUAUUUAUUUUAAAUGAAUGGAAUUGAAUAAACUAUCAAAAAAUGAAUGGAAUAAAACUUACUUAUGCCAUCGAUGGGUGUUGUCUGAUAUACUACCUCCAUCCCGCAAAGAAGUUCCCACUUUCCUUUUAUGGAUGUUCCAAAACGAAAUUCUCAUUUCUACAAAAGGAAACCACUUUUAACCAAAAAGUCACAACUACCCUUACUUUUUUCCCCACUUUUUGUUUGAUUUGACAUAAAAUAAGAGUAUACUUGAAAAGUCAAAACAAAACUUUACCUUACAUAAAUAUGUGUGUAAGUCAAAUUAGGAACUUCUUUACGGGACUGUGGGAGUAAGUUUUACUCAGCUCGUUCAAUAGCUUUUGAAAUAAAUGAAGAAAAAAGUUCCAAAGGGUGCGAUAUAUAGUUCAGAAAAUGUGAAAAGAAUAGAAGGGAUAAACACGACCGAAAAUUUUGUAUAUUUAUUCCUAUAUAUAGUAAUAUAUAUUGAUGGUGGUUGUUAAUAAUAUAUAGAAAGUAGAAUAUUUAAUCAUAUAUUCCCUAAAAGGAAAGUACACUAAACAAAACUAUAAAAGUAAAUUGAAGUAGUACUCCUCCCUUCUCUAAUAGAUGAGAGUAUAGCCUUUGACACAAUAUUUAAGAAGGAAUUAAUAGAGGUGGGAUAAAAGGUUUAGUGGGUUGUGUGUAAAGGUAAAAGUAGGAAAGAGAAUGAAAAAGAAGGAAAGAGAAUGAGGGUAAAUGAGUAUAUUUAUUGAAAAAACUUACCAAAAAUGGAAAGGGUGACAACUAAUAGAAAACAUCCCAAAAGGAAAAGAGAGCCAAAUAUUAGAGAAGGGAGAGAGUAGUAUUUAUCUUCGAUCUCACGUGCAAGGGCCAGUAUGUUUCGAGAGAAUUGCAUGCCAGUGCAUCAAUAUUCCCCUAGUUUUGAUUUUGAUGUUUGAAUUUAAUAUAGUAAGAAAGAAUUUCAGCUAUAGAACUUACAUCUGUUCCAAAAAAGUGAACGUAGCUCGUAUUCGGAAUUUGAGAAUCGUGACAUAAUUAAAGUCAAUAUACGAAGUAUUAAUUAAAGGUAGAAUUAUCCUGAAAAUGUAACAACAGAAUUCAUUACAUUUGGACCAAAAAAUGUUACAUUUGACUUAUUGUAAUAGUUUAUCGUCGUUACAUUCGCUCACGUUGCAUUUACCCUAAUGUAACGGCUUGCAACGAAAUUUAUGACCAACUGUGAUGGUUCUCGCGAGAUGUCAUAAAUGUUACAACAGAUCGUGUACAAAUGUAACAAUAUGUAACAUGCACAGAGGUAACAAUUUUGGAAAUAUGUUGGCCCUGAUUACUUAUGUAAUGUAACGGUUUUGAAAAUACAAUUGCCCUGAUGAAUUGUGUAAUGUAACGGUUUAUGCAUUUGCACACAUGCAGCCAGGAUGUCUUUACACACCUAUAGCAAUGAAUGUAACUAGCUGUUCAUUUAAUUAUAAUUACAUACAAAAGUGAAACAAAUGUUAACCCCAACAUCAAAUCCAUUACACUAUAAACCAAGCAAUUUAAGUUGUACAAAAGCAUUCAAAAGUAUGCAAAGUAGCUGUGUUAAAAGCUCUUUGACAGACACAUGAGUUUGAUAAGUUAUGAAAUUUUGAACAUCAUGUUCACAAAGCAAAAGAUUGUUUAUCACUACUACUAGGAAAAGCUCAAGUGACAAAUCAUGGGUAUGCAUCAUUCAUCAUUUGAUUCCAUUCCAUCUUCAUCUUCAUGUGAAUCCCUCACCUGUAAGCAAACAUUUCAAAUAAUUAAGCACCCAUGUUAUAUAUUUAUAUAUAAUCAGUUCAUUUGUUUGUUAAUCAGGUCAUAUCGAUUUUACAACCAAAGCAAUUCAAAACAUUGUAAGUUGCAGUAGUAAAAAAUAACAUCAUAGCUUUACAAUAAAACCGCUAUAUUUACAAUUAUUGAGAUAAAGCGUACGGAGUAUUUCAACAACUUUUUUCAGCAAACUGAUUCAAUAAUCUAUAGCGUUCAAAGGGUAGGGACACAUUUACUUUCCUUAUGAAUGAUGAAUCCUAGUCCGUAUAUAAAACAUUGAUUAUUUUGUUUGAUUAUGGAUGUGAGAUCUUUUUAAGUACUAGCAAUCUAAAAAUCUUAACUACACAAAUUAACUAAACCCUAAACCCUAAACUAGAUAUGGGACAGUUACUUUUUCAAUCAACUACUUUUCUUUCUUUUUUGUGUACACGUAUCAACGUGUUAUACCAAUGCAAAAUGUUUAAUUUUCUUCUAUCAAUCUAAAUAUGUUAUAGGCGUGUGUAUUUUAUCAAUAAAAAGUUAAUCACUUUUAGCUGUAGUUGGAAGCAAAAAAAAUUCUGGUUAGAAACUCACCCUCUGAUUAAUGUACCCAUUAUACAAUUCAGAGACGUGGCAAAUUGGAUAUAUAAUUUAAGGGCAAAUUAAAAAGUACUCUGUAUUGUGUACCUCACGAGAAUUCUAUAAUCAAACAAAUUAAAAUGAACCAAGGAAAGUGAUAAAGUACAACAUAUAAACAAAAACAUAGGAGGUACUAAAUGUUUUACAAGCUAAGUUAAGCUACCAGAUACCAAAUACUAAAGUGGUCAUAUUAGUUAAGAUUCCAACUUUCUUCUAUAAGAUUUGUUCCUAAAUUCCUAAUAACUGUUAGGAAUAUUUUAUGGUGUCCAAUAUAAUUAAAUAUCUUUGUAUUUGUGUAGUUAUGAAUUAAACGUGUAAUACGGGCCACAAAUGUGUAUCAGCCUGUGGGCUUCCUUGUAACCCGUAAGUUAGCCAACUUCUCCUAUAAAAGGAGGCUAACUUACGGGAACCCGAAGAGAUUGAGAGAGGCUUAGAGACGCAGAGGCGAGAUAGAGAGAAAUUAGGGUUGCCGCUGCUCUCCUUCUCCAGGGAGAGUAGCGGCAGGUUUAUACGGUAUACCAGAUUCGGUUCUUAUCUUGUCGAUUUCUUCCAAUCUGCUUCUUUAUCAUUGUUAUGAUUGUUGUUUGUUAAAUUAUGGGACUAACAUUUGGUAUCAGAGCCGAGGCGUGAAACAGGUUGGAUCUGUCUGCGAUUUUUUGAUCUAACGAAGAACUGCUCUGUUUUUUCUUCUGUUUUUCUAUAUGUAGAGAUUUGCUCCUGUAAUCUCGUUUGUGAACGAAAUUUUGUAAAAAUCAUACUGUUGGACUCGCCUUUCAAAACCGAUCCAGCAGCAUACCUCUUUUUUCGUUUUCUGCAAUUUUUAUAUUUCGAAGAUCUCUACUUUGAGAUCUCGAAAUCCUUAUUUUUCACUGCUGCAGAAACGUUUUUGGCUUGAAACUGAUACAGGAGAAUCUCGACUUUCAGGGCUAUUCAGAACAUGUUUCAGAUUUUCAAAAAUCGAUGUUUUCGUUUUGCAGGAUCUCGACAUUUAG